AUGGCAAUUAUUACAAUCAAUUACACCACUCCGUAUGGACAAGCUGUGUGUCUUGAAGUUGAAGGAGGUGCAAAGACUUAUCUUUUGAAUUACAUUGAUAACAACACAUGGCAAGGAGCAAUCGACUUCCAAAUAAAGGGAAUAGUCAAGUACAGAUAUGUGGUGUGUAAAUCGGAUGACAAGAGCAUAAUCUACACAACAGAAAAGUCGAAAGUUGCUUACACACAUGUUAUUGACACAACCAAUUUCGACCAAUUUGAAAGAAUUGAAAUCAAAGACGUUUUUGUCUCUGGACUAGGAUCUGAAGACACCUUUUUGGCGACUUCAUACUUCAGAAAAGUGAUCUAUGGAAAGCGCCCCAUAGAAAACUUAGAGAUCAAAAAGCUUGGAGAAAAGACUCUUCUUUUAAAGGUACGAUGCACUUGUGUACCAGAAGGACAAUGCGUCUUUGUUGGUGGAGCUAUUGAAUCCCUUGGGAAGUGGAAUGUCCAUGGGGCUGUCCGAAUGACACCAACACAAGUACCCCUCUAUGAAGCACUUGUUGAUAUAUCUGGACAGAAAAAUCCGUUUGAGUAUAAAUGUUUUAUUGCAGACACAAACACACGAGCAAAUGCAAGAUGGGAGGAACGAACAAAUCGAGUGUAUCAAUUUCCUUUGGUAGAACCAAAGGAUCUCAAAGCAAGCAAAGAACACAAAGAUGUUUUGAUAAUCAAAGAAGAUGAAGACUUUGGUGGGUUGUAUUAUAGAGGAGUUGGUGUUGUUACUCCAAUCUUUUCUUUGAGGACAAGAGAAUCUUGCGGAUGUGGGGAGUUCUUGGACAUCAUCAAGUUGGUUGAUUGGUGUAAGAAGACUGGAAUCUCAUUGAUUCAAACCCUCCCCGUGAACGACACCACGGUGUACUUCACAUGGAGAGACUCUUAUCCAUAUAAUCCCAAUUCAGUUCAGGCGUUUCAUUUGAUCUAUUUAAGACUAAGUGCUUUGACUGAUGAUAAGGCGAUCUUAGCUGAAAUUGGUCAACAAGCAGAGAAGUUAAAUCAGUUGGCUGAAAUUGACUAUGAAGAAGUGAUGAGAGUCAAAGAGGAGAUCUCACGAAAGAUAUACAAGACGUGUGGAACUACACAGAAAGGGUUUGAGGAAUUCAAAGAGAGCACAAAAGAUUGGUUGUUGCCCUAUUGCAUCUACAGAACUUUGAUUAAAUCCGUCGACACCCCACUCCCUCCAACUCCAAAGGAUUUUGCUGAAGUGGAAAAAAUGUAUGAAGCACACAAAGAAGAGUGCAACUAUUAUGCCUUUGUUCAAUACAAUUUGCACCUCCAAUUGAAAGAGGCUUCUGAAUAUGCCGCGACGAACAAAGUCGCUUUGAAAGGCGAUUUGCCAAUUGGGGUCUCGAAGAGAUCAGUGGAGUGUUGGAUGCACCCGGACUUGUUCCAUCUCGACAAAUCGACUGGUGCGCCACCCGACUAUUUCUCAGCUGGUGAAGGACAGAACUGGGGAUUCCCAACGUACAACUGGGAGAACAUGGAAAAGGACAAUUACGCCUGGUGGAAGGGAAGACUUUCUCAAAUGGCGCAGUACUUCAACGCAUAUCGAAUUGACCACAUCUUGGGCUUCUUUAGAAUUUGGAGUAUUCCAGCCCAACACAGAACAGGCUUAUUAGGAAGAUUUAACCCAGACUUGCCAUUCACUCGAAACGAAUUAGAAAAAUAUGGACUCUUUGAUACAGACAGACUGAGCUAUCCAUACAUCAGAGACCACACACUGGACGCCCUCUUUGGAGUCGAAAAGGGAUUUGUGAUCAAGAAAUUCUUGGUGAGUAACAACAGAGGAAUCUAUGGCAUUAAACCCGAAUUUCAAAGCGAGAGUGCGAUAUUGGAUGUGAAGGGGUUAUGUCCAGAGAUGCGAGCGUCAGACAAACGCAUUAUCACUGGCAUGAAGUUGUUGUUACAGAACGUUUGCUUGCUCAGAGAUGAGAACGACUCAAAUUUGUUUUACCCCCGAAUCGAUAUGCAGAAAACGUAUUCAAGCUUCAACGAGUUGAACUAUUGGGAACAAGAGAGUUUGAAGAGGUUGUACACAGACUAUUUCUAUAAAAGACAUGAAGGACUCUGGGAAGCAACUGCUAGAAAAAGGCUCCCAGCUAUGGCAAGAGCUUCAAACAUGUUAGUCUGUGGUGAGGAUCUUGGGAUGGUCCCGGAUUGUGUUGUCAAAGUGAUGAAUGAUAUGAAAAUCGCAUGUUUAAGAAUACAACGACUGACUGAUGUGCCAGAGAAACUGUUUUAUCACCCAGCAGACUAUCAAUAUUUAACAGUGUCUGCACCCUCUGGGCACGACAUGUCAACAAUUAGAGGGUGGUGGGAAGAAGACAGAGACAAGACUCAAUACUUUUGGACCCAUUUACUUGGAAAAAGUGGCGCUGCACCAUUCUCAUGCCCAACAGAAAUCGUUAAGACAAUAUUUGACAUGCACUUGUAUGGUCCAGCAAUGUUGGCUUGUUUCCCGUUGCAAGAUAUCUUGUCCCUUCGAUUGAAAUAUAUCGAAGGAAGAGAUCCAAAAUUGGAACAAAUUAAUGACCCCUCGAAUCCAAUUCAUUACUGGAGGUACAGGUGCCAUGUCGAUUUGGACGAUAUAUUGUCGGAUUAUGAACUUAACACACUUCUUAGCGGAACUAUUUUCGCGUCCGGAAGACACCAAUUUUAA